GACCCUCCCCGGCGGCGGCGGCGGCGGACGUGUGCCCCGGGGGCCCUCCUUCCGCCGGCGGCGGCCAUGAAGGGGACCCCCAGCUCCCUGGAGACCCUGCUGUGGGUCUACCGCUUCCACAGCUCCACGGAGGUGGCCCUGCAGCCCCCGCUGCUGUCGUCCCUGGAGCUCACGGUGGCCGCGGCCCACCAGUAUCUGGAGCAGAGGUUCAGGGAGCUCGAGUCCCUGGAGCCGCAGGGGCCGCCCGCCCCGAAGCCCACUCUGGGGCUGGUGCUGAGAGAAGCCGCGGCCAGCAUCCUGAGCUUCGGCGCCACCUUGUUCGAGAUCUCCGCCCUGUGGCUGCAGCAGGAGGUGCGGCGGCUGGAUGGCGGCGCCGGCAGCCCGGGCCCAGCACGGGGCGCCGGGGAUCCGGGCGGAGCGCUGACGCGGGUAGCCCGGGCCGCGGGGCUGGGGGCGCGGCGCGCGGGGGCAGUGGCGGGCACGAGCGUCCGGCUCGCGCUGCAGGCGACGGGGCUGUGCCUGUGCGGGCGGGGCCUGCAGGGGUCCCCCUCCCUCCAGCAGUGGCGACGCCAGCUGGGCCUCGAGACCACCGGGGGACAGAGCUACUCGGGAGAUCUCCGGGUGGCGUCCAGCGGCAGCGCGGAGACCGGGGGACCUGAGAACUCACCGCUUCCCCAGCCCCGCCCCGCGUUCCAAUAAAGCCCAGACUGGACCCGA